UGUAAGGUCAGAAGGGUCAAGACAAGACAAGGAGGAGCUUGGAAACUGACUCAAAAUUGUUGUGAAGACUUAAAGAUGUCUGCAAGGUUUUCCAAGCUACAAGAGAUAGACCUCACUCUGGAAGACCCAAUGGGAGAGGAGAAUGGGGCCUCAAAUGGAACUGAUAUUGAUCCUGGGUAUGAAAGUACACCAGAUGACUGUGUUGUUCAGUUGAAUCUAGACAGUGAUGCACAAGAUCCAGUAUUUGUGCCUAAGUGGAAGUUUUGGAACAAGCCCUACAGGUAUAAAUAUGAUCUUGCUGCAACCAAAAACCGCUUCACGCAAAGUCAAAUUUGUAAGAAAUGCAGAUGCAAGAUAAACUCCUGGAGAGCGGUAAUCAUUACGUUACUAGUUUUCACAGCAGUGGUGCUUAUAUCUGUGGUGAUUUCACGGGUUGUUAGUGAGCCUUCAGAUGAAUCACCUACUUCAGGACCACAAGAUAACCAGUUUGAAGCUGCUGUAGCUGCUGACGCACCUGUGUGCUCGGAGUUGUCAGCUGAGAUCUUGAAACGAAACGGCUCAGCUGUAGAUGCCGCUAUCACAGCCCUCCUAUGUCUAGGUGCAGUACAGCCAGAGUCUUCUGGUCUGGGUGGUGGUGGGUUCAUGACAAUACGACACAGCAAUGGCUCAGUCUAUACUAUCAACUUCAGGGAAAAAGCUCCCAGUAAAGCCACAGAAUACAUGUUCCAUUCAAACAGCAGUCUUUCGAGGAAUGGUGGUCUAGCAGUAGCUGUACCAGGAGAGCUGAAAGGAAUGGAACUAGCUCACACACUGUUUGGAAGGCUUUCAUGGAAAGAACUGUUCACACCUGUAAUCAACCUGUGUAGAGAGGGAUUCAAUAUGACUUAUCAUUCAGAAAGGGCCGUUUUCGACAAAUGGAAUACGUCGGUGUCAAAGAAUCCAAUUCUUAGGAGCACCUACUCAAAUGGGGAUGGAACACCAAAGAAAGCAGGUGAUUGGAUUGUUCGGCCAAUUCUAGCAACAACCUUGGAAAUCAUUGCCAAUAAAGGAGCAGAUGUGUUCUAUAAAGAGUCCAUUGCAGAGAGCAUAGUGAGAGCUGUGAACAACAGUGAGGUUGGGGGCAUACUGACGAUGGACGACCUGGCCAACUACGAUGCACUGUUACAGGAGCCGCUGCACACUCACUACAAAGGCCAUACUGUAUAUGCUCCCCCGUCUCCUGCUGGUGGACCACUUCUCCUCUUUAUAAUGAAUGUAAUGGGUGCCUACAACAUCAGUGCGUCAAGCUUGAAUGAAGAGCUGUCUCAACUCAACCUCACAUAUCACAGACUAGUGGAAGUAUUUAAGUAUGGGUUUGCCCUGAGGACACGUCUGGGAGAUCCCAGUUGCUCUAGUUGCUCCGACAAUGCAGCGGAGAUACUCAGUCUUCAGUAUAACAUGACCACGGAGGAGUAUGGUACUCAAGUGAUGUCGAGCAUCUCUGAUGAGCACACCUUCAAUGUGUCUCAUUACCAUGCCCAGUACUCAGGCCUGCAGGACUCAGGCACCACCCACCUCAAUGUUUUAGCGUCAGAUGGCCAAGCUGUUGCUGUCACCUCGUCUGUGAAUGGAUAUUUCGGAUCAGGAGUCGUAACAGACACUGGUAUAGUGCUGAAUAAUGAGAUGGAUGACUUCUCCUCUCCCAAUAUCACCAAUGAGUACGGAUUUAAACCCUCCCCUGCCAACUUCAUCCGACCUGGGAAGAGACCACUCUCCUCUACCUGCCCUACCAUUUUUGUCACGGAGAGCUCUGAAGGGACCAGGCAGUCAUUUCCUCGACUUAUUAUUGGAGCAUCGGGAGGGAGCAUAAUACCCACUGCUGUAGUACAAUCUGCUUUGCGGUAUCUCUCUUUGCCCGAGUCACUAAGUGAAGCUAUUGAAGCGAGGCGGAUCCACCAUCAGCUUGUACCUAAUGAAGUGUGCCCUGAAAGUGGUUUUCCUACGGGGAUAACAGAGUUCCUGGCCAACAGAGGUCAUCUUAUUCAUUGUCAGAAUUCCGGUUAUGCAGCUGUACAGGGAGUGGGGGUGUCUCAUCUCGGUAAUGUGACAGCAGCUCAUUCUGACAGCAGGAAGCAAGGACUUCCAUCACGUAUAGACUGAGUGUAUAAUUACGUUUAUGUUUUGCUUCAAAUUCCUUUUUUAGCGCACAAUAAUAUUGAAUGCAUCUGGAUAUUUAUAUAUUAUGUAUAAUAAUAAUAUAUUCAGCACCACAUUGUUAAAA